UUGAAAUGCUCCUAAGUUAGAACAACGGGUUUUCUUGAAUCCUAAACAUCGCGUAAACGUAACACGCCAAAAUCAAUGCAAAUUCCUAAUUUCUCAGCUUUAUUAAAACUUUCUCUGCGUAUCAAACUGCUGAAGCAAAUUCAUGGCUCAAUUCUAGUGAAUGGUCUUGAUCAUCUUGAACCCAUAUUAAUUCGGCAAAUAAUCGUUUCUUCAGGCAGUUUUCAUCAAACCCAUGUUACCCAAUACGUUAAAACAAUCCUAAAUCAUACCCAACAUCGAGAUGUUUCCCCAUUGGGUUAUGCUAUUAGGUUUCUAUGUCAGCAUGGCCAGUUCCAGGACGCUGUCAUUUUCUACGUGCAGCUUCAGAGGUCUGGGGUGUUUCCCAACACAUAUGCUUUAUCAUCUAUACCAAAGGCCUAUGGUAAAAUCAAUUGUAAAAAUGGGGGGAUUUCAGUUCAUUGUCAAGUUCAUAAGUAUGGCUUUGCCAGUAUUGUUUAUGUACAAACAGCCCUUUUGGAUUUUUACUCGAAAAUGGGUGAUAUUAAGACAGCCCAUAAGGUGUUUGACGAAAUGAGUGAUAGAAAUAUUGUUUCAUGGAAUGCUAUAAUAUCUGGUUAUGUGAAAUUCGGAGAGUUAGAAAUGGCUCAAUCUGUGUUUGAUAGAAUGCCUGAGAGAGAUAUAGUAUCGUGGAAUGCAAUUUUGUUGGGAUAUGCCAAGGCAGGGAAAAUGGAUCAGGCGUAUGUUUUGUUUAAAGAGAUGCCAGAGAGGGGCGCUUCAUCUUGGAAUGUGAUGAUUCGUGGGUACAUAGAUCGCGGGAACAUAGAAUUAGCACGUGGGUUCUUUGACGCAAUGCCGAAAAGAAACAGCAUUUCAUAUAUCACUAUGAUAUCUGCAUAUUCAAAAUGUGGGGAUGUUGAGUCUGCUGAAAAGAUCUUUUAUGAGGAGGAAAAGAAAGACCAGCUGUUGUAUAAUGCCAUGGUAGCUUGUUAUGCACAGAAUGGCCGACCGAAAGAGGCUCUUCAUCUAUUUGAUGAGAUGCUUCAACCAAUUCUGAAUAUUCAGCCUGAUAAAAUGACGUUGGCUAGUGCUAUAUCUGCUUGUUCUCAACUGGGAGAUUCAAAUAUGGGGAGUCGAAUUGAGUCAUACAUGGGUGAAUUUGGAAUCAGAAUGGACAAUUAUCUCUCCACGGCCUUAAUUGACAUGCAUGCAAAAUGCGGAAGUAUUGACAAAGCUAUUGAGUUAUUUCACAGGUUAGAAAAGAAGGACAUAGUUGCUUACAGCGCAAUAAUUUUGGGUUGUGGAAUUAAUGGUAGGGGACAAGAUGCGAUUAAGUUAUUUGAGGAGAUGAUAGGUUCUAACAUCUCUCCUAACUCAGCUACAAUCACGGGAAUAUUGUCUGCAUACAAUCAUGCUGGUUUGGUCGAAGAAGGCUACGAUUGCUUUGAGUUGAUGCAGAAAUAUGGAAUUAUACCAUGUGUUGACCAUUAUGCUAUCAUGGUUGAUCUUUUAGGUAAGGCAGGUCGGCUGGAAGAAGCAUAUGAGUUGAUAAAGAAAAUGCCAAUGCAGCCUCAUUCCGGGGUUUGGGGAGCAUUGCUUCUAGCAUGUAGCGUGCACAACAAUGUUGAACUUGGUGAGAUUGCAGCUGCUAAGUGUUUCAAGUUGGAGCCUAAUAGCACUGGAUAUUGUUCUCUUCUUUCUAAAAUUUAUGUGUCUUCUGGGAAGUGGGAUGAAGCCAAGCGAUUGAGAGAAGCCAUUGAGGAAAGAGGUUUCAAUAAGGUUCCUGGCUGUAGUUGGAUCAAACCAGCUGAAGCCUAGGGGUCGGGAAGUUCUUAGUUAAGCCUGAAUUUAAUUUCUUGCAACUACUGAAUCAACUUGCUGCAAUUUGGCCCCCUGGCGACAGAGCUCAAAUGUUGCAUGACCUGUGUGGUUGCUGCUGCCCAUGCCCUUGGGGAAAUUCCUGGUGAACAAAUAUUUUGCUGAUCUUAUGGUUCUUCUGGCAAUUGGUAUGCAUUUUCUAAGCUGAUUUUAUGGAGGUGCUCUCGAUGAACUUAUGUCUUGCUUCAUGUAACAAUUAACAACAUAUUGGCGCGGACAAUAUUGGCAAAAAAAAAAAAGAUAAUAAAUAAAUAAAACAAAAUAAAAGUGAAUGACCCCUUCAUCUUAUCUUGAACAAUGGGCACAGACGCACAGUGCCAUUGCCAGUGGCCAAAACCCUUCAGUAGCAGCUGAAACAACCUGUAUCAGUUGAGUAAUUUUGACUGAUCUACAAUCAUUGCUGCAAGUCAUCAUAUUGAAGAUGCAUUUGGUUGUUUGAAGUGUUGGAGGGUCAUCGAACCUGAAGCUACUUAAGAAUAUAAAGAUUUUCACCAGAGAAGCUGCAGCAUCAAGUCUCAUUAUUGGCCCUUAAGCUUUGUGGUUUGAUCAAUACUUAGCUGAUUAACAAGUGUGACUCUUUUAAUCAGCACGAACCAGGAGAAAUCAGAUGCACUGAAGUUUCUAUUCAUGCAUCAUGUCUUGGAAUAUCAGGCGUUGACGAUAAAAGUGAAAAAUAGCAAAUAACCUUGAGGCGUCCUUGGUUUUCCUGGAGAAAUGACUUAGAAGUUAGGUCUUUGAGCCAAAGGAGAUACCCUCUCCAUGUAUUCAACAAGUUUUGCUGUAUUUAGACUAUGGAUCUCUGUAAUCCAAGUAACCAUUUCUAUUUUGUCUUAGAAAACAUAUUGUAGUCUGCCGUAGAACGGAGAUUGUAACAGAAGAAAUUGUAGGCUCUUAAAGAUGUGAUAAAAAUAAAUUACGGGCAAGAACAGAGCAAGCAACACCGGCAAACGAGUUGACUUAGUUUGGCAUUCAUCUGCAGACCAAAUACUACUAUCAAACUGGCAUGCCCAAGCCCAUUUAUCAGUGAGCUGCAGAGAAGUGAAAAGCUGCAGUAGAAGAGAACUUUACAUGAGAAGAAAAGCUGCAGUUUUUACACGUCUUACAUCACAUGUAUCUGACUGGAAAACAAAAAUGUACAUCAAUGUUGCCGAUGCAACUGGACAACCAAUGGUGAUGAAUACAAAAAAGCAUACGUAUGGUAUUCAUGCUC